AUGACAAAAUGUCAUGUUACUAAUGAUUUAAAAUCUUCGGAAUAUUCCACUCCAUUACCUAACAAGAGUUGCUCAAAUGGUGAAAAUACACAGAAUAAAGAUUCUUCAACUCAUCACAAAGCGGGUCAAUCUAUGACUAGCAUUGAUUUAGUAACUUCAGAACAGGAUCAAGACCUAUCUUUAGUUAAUCAGGAUGCUUCAACGGAAUUUGAAAAAACAAUAAUAUUCUUAUCAUUAUGUGAUGCAAAAACUGUGACAAAAUAUCACGAUCUUAACAAUUCUGAUACUCCCUCCAAAAUACUUGAAUCAGACAAUCAAAUCGUAGAAGGUUUAAUACAAGAGAUAUCCUAUGAUCAAGCAGAAAAUAUUGUUUCUUCUAAAAUCAAUCCUUUAUAUUCAAAUAAUGAAGCUAAAUGCCCUGUAUGUAAAGAGGUACAUACACGUCGAGGUAUAUGGGGCGAUUGGAGCUGUCUCGAUAAAAAUGAUCACUAUUUUCUUAAUUGCCCUUUUCGUAUCGAUCAAAAGAAAGUUAUUAUUUCCAUACAGAGUUUGCCAGAAACUCAAGUAAGGGUAUUAAACAAAAUCAGUAACUUAUCAAUUCAUCCAAACAAAACCCGCCUUUAUCAAUAUGACAUCGAACAUGGAAUAGAUCCUGAGAAAUUUUUGGUUAUUACUGAGGCUGAGAAAAAUCAAUGGGACAUGGAUGCUUCCGUGAUGACUUAG